CGGGCGGAGGGCACGGGAGCCCCGGCGGGCCUGGGCCCGGCCUGGCAGCAGGACAGGACCUGGUCCGCUCCGAAGCAGGGAGCCUUGGAGAGGCCAGGAGUGGGAGGAAUCCCGGGAGCGGUGUGGAGCGCUGGGCAGGAUGUACACGCUGCUGUCAGGCCUGUACAAGUACAUGUUUCAGAAGGACGAGUACUGCAUCCUGAUCCUGGGCCUGGACAAUGCCGGAAAGACGACCUUCUUGGAGCAGUCAAAAACCCGGUUUAACAAGAACUACAAGGGGAUGAGUCUAUCCAAAAUCACUACCACCGUGGGUCUGAACAUCGGCACUGUGGACGUGGGAAAGGCCCGCCUGGUCUUCUGGGACUUGGGGGGGCAGGAAGAGCUGCAGUCUCUGUGGGACAAGUACUAUGCAGAGUGCCAUGGUGUCAUCUAUGUCAUCGACUCCACGGAUGAGGAGAGACUGUCGGAGUCCAAGUGGGCGUUUGAGAAGAUGGUCACCAGUGAGGUGCUGGAUGGCGUCCCCAUCCUGGUGCUGGCCAACAAGCAGGACGUUGAGGCUUGCCUCUCCAUCCCUGACAUCAAGACCGCGUUCAGCGACUGCACCUCUAAGAUUGGCCGGCGCGACUGCCUGACCCAGGCUUGCUCCGCACUCACGGGUGUCUCCACAGAAAAGGGGUGCGCGAGGGCAUCGAGUGGAUGGUGAAGUGCGUCGUGCGCAAUGUGCACCGGCCACCACGACAGAGGGACAUCACGUAGGCGUGGCCCUGCCCGCGGUCACACACAGCUCAUCCCGAGGCCAGAGGCCCUGCCAGCUCACUACUUCCAGUUGUGGGGGUCGGGUUUGCUGUGCCUGUUCGCUUUGUUUUUUUCUCUAAGACAAACUUUUCUGUGUCCAGAAAAGUGUAGGUUCCGGAGGCUUCUGCCAAGGGGAGUCGGGGUGACCGGGCCAGGGGGCUGCUCAGGUGCUACCGCAGGACCUCAUCCAACCCCCGGUGGGUCCUGUGGGGGCCUGCCUGGCAGUGGUUCUUCAGAGCCGCGGCCCUCGGGCGCUCCUGGAGCUGCUCUGUGAAGUGCGCCUGCACGGGGCUGGUGGGGCCGUGGCUGCCCGCAGCUGGCCUCCUCUGGCCCUGAAGGUGGCUGAGGUGGCCGGGGACUGGUGUCACCUCCAGGGGUGCCCGGCCCAAGUCCCUGAGGGCCAGCAGGACCCUGGGGUUCGAUGCAACCCUAGAACAGGGCAGGGGAGGUCUGCCAAGGGGACUGUCGCCCGCUGGCCCGACGUCACCUUUUGACGCACAGCAAGGAGGGAAAGCUGGGAGUCAGCGCCCCACCUGCCCCUGGCCUGGGUGCCCGUGGGGGUGGGCGGCCUGCGGGGCAGAGGAGGCUGGUGGAGCCUGGGGCCGGAUUCUCAGCUGCAGGUGGGGGCGGGGAACCCCUCAGGCCUGGGGGCCCCCGGAUGAGUCAUGUGCGGUCAGCAGUACUCGGUGGGCCUGGUACUGGGAAGGAGGCUGCCCAGUGGGUGCUGGCCAGUGUGGGCAAUAAAGGGACAGUCUGAGUG